AGUAAAUAACAGCCUACUAAGUCACGUGACCAGGAACAUCCCUUGCAGAAAAACUGCCGUACUCGGCUGGAGGGCUGAAAAACUUUAAAUAGCAGAGAAGCCUCUUUGGAACUGAGAGUUGUUUGCUUGGAGCAGGCAGGGAGUCAAGAUGAAUUUCCUUCCGAGUUUAUCCCUAGAAACCUGGAUUUUACUCAUUGCCUUCAUGAGCCUCUCGAUGCUUUAUGGGAUCUGGCCAUACAGAUUCUUUAAGAAGCUGGGCAUUCCUGGGCCAAGGCCUCUGCCUUUCAUCGGAACAUUCCACGAAUACCGGAAUGGAAUUCUGGAUUUCGACAAGAAGUGUUUCCAGAAAUAUGGUAAAAUUUGGGGAUUUUUUGAUGGCAGGCAGCCAGUCCUGGCUAUUCUGGACCCUGUAAUCAUCAAAACCAUCCUGGUGAAAGAGUGCUAUACCCUCUUUACCAAUCGCCGGAUCUUUGGUCUAAGUGGAGAUUUGGAGUCUGCCCUUACGAUAGCUACAGAUGAGCAGUGGAAAAGGAUUCGCACUGUGCUCUCUCCAACGUUCACCAGCGGGAAACUAAAGGAGAUGUUUCCUCUCAUGAAUCGCCAUGGAGAGAUUUUAGUGAAAAACAUCCAGAAGAAAGUGGAUAACGACGAAUCCCUGGAAAUGAAAAGCAUCUUCGGCGCCUACAGCUUGGAUGUGGUGGCCAGCACUUCAUUUAGUGUGAACAUCGACUCUAUGAACAACCCCAACGACCCCCUGGUCGCCUACAUCAAGAAGUAUCUCUCAUUCAAUUUCUUUAACCCACUGCUCCUGUCAGUAGUGAUGUUCCCCUUCCUCACGCCAGUGCUGGAGAAGAUGAACGUGAGUCUGUUUCCCUCGGGAUUCCUGGACUUUUUCCUCAACAUCAUCCAGCGCAUCAAGAAGGAGCGGCAGAAGAACGACCACUCGGACCGGGUGGAUUUCCUGCAGCUGAUGGUUGACUCGCAGAGCUCAAAUGGCAGCUCUGAACCUAAUAAGACGACACACUCCUAUAAAGCUCUGUCUGACAAGGAAAUUAUGGCGCAGGCCCUUGUCUUUAUCUUAGCUGGUUAUGAGACCACCAGCUCCACCCUCAACUUCCUCUCAUAUAACCUGGCCACUCACCCCGACGUGCAGCAGAGACUGCAGGAGGAGAUUGACGCCGCGCUUCCCAACAAGGCGGCUCCCACCUACGACGCCAUCCUGCAGAUGGAGUAUCUCGACAUGGUGGUGAAUGAAACCCUCAGGCUCUUCCCCGCAGGUGGGCGGAUCGAAAGAGUCUGCAAGAAAACCAUUGAGAUAAACGGAGUGACCAUUCCAAAAGGCACCGUGACACUGAUCCCAGCCUACGUGCUGCAUCAGGACCCGGAAUACUGGCCAGAGCCGGAAGAGUUCAGGCCCGAGAGGUUCAGUAAAGAGAACAGAGAGAGCAUUGACCCCUACAUUUUCCUGCCCUUUGGAGCUGGUCCCAGGAACUGCAUUGGAAUGAGGUUUGCUCUUCUCAGCAUGAAAGUGGCCAUGAUUGUGCUGUUGCAAAGGUUUUCCUUCAGAACCUGCAAAGACACCCCGAUCCCUCUGGUGCUGGACACGAAGGGUUUCUUGCAGCCCAAGAAGCCAAUCAUUCUGAAGAUGGUCCCCAGAACCCAGGUCGAUCCAGAAGAGUAAAAGAAUUUUGCAGCGGAUCAGAGGCUGCUGUGAGCUGCUCCUUCCGCCCCACUCGUCUCUCUAUCACUCCCAUGAGAAUAGGAAUGAGCCAUGUAAAACUGCAUAGAGAAAGUAAAAGCAAUAUCUAGAAAAAGCCCCAGCUGGCAUGAAAGCAGGGCCUUGUGAAUAUACAGCAUACCAAAUUUUAAUCGGAGAUUGCGGUUGGCUUUUCUAGCAAACAAACCCACACAAAGUACAGGCUGAGCAGAGUUCAAUUUUUACAAAGCAAUAACAGAGACCCUGGCCUGUUUCUGAUUUAUACCAGGGACCCCUUUACACUGUUCGGACAGUCUAAAGGGACCUUUAAGGGUAUGCACCCGCUUUCAGGCCCCCUUACACUGCCAGAGCAGGGCUUAGCGUACAUGAGCAUCAGGCCUCCCGGCGUUGGGACAAAAACGGUGUCACCUCCCAUCUGGCUAGACUCAGCCAAAGUUGAGGUUGUUCUGACUCUGUAUAAAAAUCACAUGCCCCAGGUUAGUUUACAAUGCCGCGUGGGUAGACGUACCUGAGCUAGCUUUAAUCUCACUAGCAGUGAAACCAGAACCACCCGGGCUGUACAGCCGCACCUGGGGACACUAGGUGUGUACUCAAGCAGCUAGCCUGUGCUGCUGGAGCGUCAUUAUUUUAUUUGAGCUAGUUCAAAGCAAGCUCGGCUAUGAUUACACACGUCACAGUCACACUCUUGACUACUGUGUAGAUGUACGCUUAGUCUAUGCUAUGGACACUACCGUGGCAUGCCUGCAACUACACCACUGUAGCCUCAUCAUGUAGACGCUUCUGACAUCAAUGGAGGGGGUUUUUCUGUCAAUGUCGGAGGUAAUCCACCUCCCCGAGAGGGAGUGCAGCUGAAGCCUGACCUGAGUGAUUGAUACAUGGAGGGGGAGGCCCCAUUCUUUGGAAGAUAGCAUUAGGAAGAUAAAUGAAAACAGGCUGAAAACAGGACAUUUGUGCUAAAUAAGCGAAGUAAAUAGGUUAGUAGGCUAAAAAGACAGAAUGUCAGAACCAGCUAAGAGAAGAGGGCGAACACCCCAGGAACUGUUUACUAUGAACUAGAUAGCAAGGGACAAAAUAAGUUAGGAAUGUAGAGAUGAGGUAAAGAGGAAGUCAAAACAUAGGCAGCAUGUGGACAGAUGCACGUGGUACAGGGAUUGGUCUCGGAGGGAGCUGGGUUGAUGAAGGAAUUCUUCCAUCUGCCAAACCAUGUCUACACUGGAGGUUAGGAUGGCUUAACCAUAGUGGUCAGGAAUUUUUCACACCCCUGAACUCCGUAGCUAGGUCGAUCUACCUUUUAAGCGUAAACCAGGCAUCAGACAUCAAAGAGCCUUCUGCCCUCAAUGGCUAUGUAAUCUGGUGCUACAGCAGCACUGUCUCUAUCAACUGUCAAUGCAUCAGAGGUCUCUGCUUGGUUUGAAAGACUUAUUGGUGCUGUUUCUGACCCUAGUCCAAAGUCACUGCCAGUCUUCUGGACGAUCUGAUGCUUUAGAAGGAGAGGUCAGGAGGGUCUCUCUCUUAGCACCGGUCACAGUUCAUAGAAUAUCAGGGUUGGAAGGGACCUCAAGAGCUUAUCUAGUCCAACCCCCUGCUCAAAGCAGGACCAAUCCCCAAUUAGAUGUUUGCCCCAUAUCCCUAAAUGGUUCCCUCAAGGAUUGAACUCGCACCCCUGGGUUUAACAGGCCAAUGCUCAAACCACUGAGCUAUCCCUCCCCCCAUGUGAGGUUUCCUUCCAUACAUUCCCCUUACUGAAGCUUUGCUUCUGCUUGGUUGCGUCACACCAGUGUAGCUACACGUUGCAGCCCCCUCAGAGUACAUGCUGCACCAUGGCAGCUUACCCUGGAACUUGACUGGGAUAAGCUGCAUUGAUGCCAACCCCAUUUUGUAGAAGUGCAGUGUGUCCACGCUAAGGGCCUGCCCCAAUGUAAAUACAUCAGUGCUACACUGGUGCAAAUUACCCUAGUCUAGAUGAGCCCUAAGUACCCCUCGUAUCAUGACCAUCACCCUUUUAGCUGAGCACUGGCUUUGAGACACCUUUCACACUGCUAGGUUCAGCUGCAUUUAUGAAGCUUUUUGGAUAUUGGGCCCUGCUCAGCAAUUUUAUUCAGACAUUGUCAGUCUCUUCUGGCACUUCAAUUGAAAUCACGGUGUAGAGCAAAUUGCCCAUAUGUGACUGGUGCUGCCUAUUUUGUCCCCAUUCCUAUUUCUUGCCAAAUUGGCCCUGUCUGUCUUCUGGUUUUACAACCCCAGGAGGGAGGUGACAUCCCAGGCUGUUUUCCUGGAUCACGUGAUGCUGUAGCGUUAUGGCUCUGUCAGGUGUUAAAGUGACCACAUCCUUGCAGGAAAUAAUGCAUGUGACCAAUUUCUAGGGCUGACUUGGCUAGAUUCUGGUAUGUUUUUAGGUGACUGUUAUUACUAAAGACUUGCAAAAUGGCUCAGCUUGCAGAUGAGUUAACUAGAGCAGCGUAGGUAUAAGCAGGUACCAUGUAUGAGCAGUAAUUUGCUAAGUGGGAGUGAAGUAUAUCAUGUGUUCUUUUUAUUUGUUUGCUUAUUGUAUCCAGUGGUCUCCUGUGAGAGGGAUUCUUUACAUAGAUAUUAGCCCAGUUAUGACUUUCUAACUUUGUUCUCUAUUAUUCCAUUUUGUAACUUUGAUUUGAAUUGUAGUAAUACGGCAAGGUGCAGUGCUGGGAAAGCCCUUGGAGUCCUGGAGGACUUGGGUUUGGAAGAAGGAUGUCUCUCUCUCUUGGAUACUGAGAGCAGAGAAGGCUCACUGGACCUUGUCAUUCUUAAAUUCCAAAUGAGCAUAAUGCUGAAUGCUCUGUAUCAUAGGUGCUGUGAUUUCAUAUUUACUAAUCCAAAAAGUACUAAUAAAGGGAUAAUUAAAAUAAAAA